UCAACAGGAUUCAUCACUGCGCAGAUCACUGUUUCAAAAAAAGCAAUUUUUUUUGCUUUAUUGUGAAUAUUUGGACUUUUGGGUUCCGAGUAAACCGUAUCAUAGCAGAUUUUGCUUUAUCUUUACUCUGUUUAACAGGGGUUUUAAACGGUACAGAUAAUUUCGAUAAAUAUAUAAAGAUACAUUUUUUCCUUUGUUGUGUUGACCUACUUUCGUAGUGCCGUAGCGUCACUUCUUAAUUUUUCACUGAAUAGUUCUGUGAGCGAAUAUUUCAUUUAUUAUGGGUGUUAUUUGCUUUACAGCUGACGAAUAACGUCAAAUAUAUUAUUUUAUUGAUUGGUGCGUUCAUUAAUUUUAAUCAGCAUCCCUUUUAUCUUUGUUUUUAUGUAUAGCGUGGUUGACCUACUUUCAUAGCGUGGGUACGCUAAUUUGAUAGGAUACCAAUAGCAUCUCUUUUGUGACAAGGAUUUGUACAAUGUCUACCUCAGUUUUGUUGCUGGGGCACUCGUUUGUUAAACGUUUUCACUUCUGGUGUGCCUCAAAUCACAAACAUAAUUUAAAUUUAUCCUCCAAUAGGAUACAAAUUUACUGGCAUGGUGUAAGUGGAGGAAUUCUCCUGCCAACAAACAAAUCCAAGUCCUUGUCACAAGCUACAUACCUUGUCUCUGAGCUAAACAUUGAUGUUACUUUUGUAGAAGCUGGAAGUAAUGAUCUGUGUGAUUUGUCCUUGUCUGUUGAAGGCAUAAUGCAAGCUUUGUUUGAUCUUGCAGCCACAAUUCUUAAUUCUGGAAGCAAACUGGUGAUCAUUGCGGAAAUACUGCAAAGACGAAAUGACAACAUGUUUAAUAUGCGUGCUCGCCAGGCAAAUGCUCUCAUUUCAGCACAUUGCAGAACGUCUCGUCAACUUAUUUUCUGGACUCACUCACGGAACAAUUUUAACUUGCGCUUUACAGAACAUUUUGCUGCUGAUGAUGGUGUACAUGUCCAUCCUACCCGGGGCAUGCCACGAUAUUUUAUGUCUGUGCGCAGUGCUUUGCUUUUUGCUGAACGCAGGCUUCCAUUGGCAGAGAAUCAAGCUGAGUCUGUUUAAAAUAUUGCUUUCUCAUUUUAAGUUAUUUUCUCCAUUAUUUGACAUUGUGGUGCAAUAUUUUCAGACAACAUUUUGUGAGCUGUAUCGGGAGUGUUGGGAACAGCAGCGUGGAAGUCUGUUCAAAGGUGUCCAUCAGUCCCUGCUCAGCCUGUUCAGUGUUGGAAGAGUAUUCCAUCUGUACUCUCAGUGGUCGAGUAUCCAAAAUCGAGGCGCAAUGGGAAAAGCUGACCCACGGACAGCGAAAGGUGGCAAACGGAAGGCCAGCAGGGCAGCAUCUCCAGAAGAACCAGCCCCCAAACAGAACAGACUUGCAACGCUGAUAGCUGAGGCCAUAUCCCAAGACAGGGAAGUUCUGGAAGAAAUACAGACUCUUCUGACUGCUCCUACUGAGCCCACGAGAAAGCCGGAUGGAACCUCUUCAGCCAUUUCCAUAUCAGAGACUGAUAACAUCAGUGAGGAGUCGGAUGAUGUAUCCUCAGUCCUGGCGAUGUCUAACUUUGGCGACGGCCCUUCAACUAGUUCAGCCGCCGACAUUAGUUUAGGUGUUUUUUCUGUUGUUCAUCCACCUCUAGACCAAAACACUAUGAAUAAGAUUGUUAAUGGGGAAUACGUUGAUUUUCCAUCACUAAUCUUCAAAGAUCAAAAUCAUGAAACAACAACCAUUCACAAAACUCAAUCUUCUACAAUCACAUCAACGCACAAGGCUAGUCGGAAGCAACUUCACAACAUCCAUCAAUGGAAUGAAGCAUUCCAAAUCUACUCCGACAUAUACACCCAGAAAUACCCAACACAAGCCCCCCAUCUUUUCAGGUACAUGACCAUAAUUCAAAGACUGUCCAACAGCACCCGCGCCUGGUUGACCUACGACGAAAAGUUCCGUCGUCUAAGGGCUGCGUGCCCCUCUAUUCCAUGGGGUACUGUCCACAUAGAAACCUUUCUCUUCUGUACGACACUGGGUCAAAGCCAGCCCUUUCGGACCACUGCAACACCAUCUUCAGGCUUCCGGUCUUUCUCAAACAGGCCUAACAAGUCUCCCUUCUUCAGGAGAGGCUACUGUUGGGAUUUCCAACAAGUGGGUUCAUGUGAACGGCCCAGAUGCACACAAGCACACCGAUGCGGAGGUUGCGAGGGCCCACAUGGUGCCUUCCAAUGCAACCAGCCAUUCCUCAAACCUAAACGUAACAACUUCGCCAGUCCUUUCACUCCCAAACCAUCUUCAUUCGGAAAGCCAACAACGUCCCAGCAGCAGCAGCAACAGCAGCAAAAGUAAAGCACCAUUUCCACUUCCAACACCUAUCAUCCUUGAUAAACUUCAUCCACUAUUGAUAGGGUAUGACCCUAGCCUUUCAUUGUUCUUAACCAGGGGUUUC